UACUUUUGUGGAACUUUACAUUUUUCUAGGCAUUUAUUUUGUUAACUAAUCAUGUCGCUGGUUUAUAUCACACAUCACGAUGAGAACAUCUUUGAUUGUGAGCAGGAGUACAUUAACCAAGAGGUCAGCAAGCCCUCCAGGGUUUACAAUACGGCAACUGCCAUGAAGGGCGCCCGAUUUGCCAAGUCUCUGCGCGACCGCUUGGAUGUGGAGGACAAGAAGCAUUCGGUUAUCAUGCAGAACGAUGGCAUGCGACUGCUGACGGAUGCCAAGAAGGCGCAUCAUCGCACCAUGGGCUGCGCCCACACACCCAUUGAUCCGCCGUGCGCGUAUCUGCGCAAGAACCAGGGCAUCAAGUGGCGCCGCGAGAACACUCACGUCUGUCCCAAGGGUGAGAAGAUGCCGCCGUUGCCAGGCAUCGGUAGCAAGCGCCAGGAGCCGAUAAUGGUGCCGAAUUUCAUACGGCGGAACAUUCAGUGCGCCAAACAGACAGUGCCCUGUCCGCCGCCGCCGCGCUACAUUGACACGCCGGUGGGCACGCGACACAAUCUGCUGAACUCUGGCCUGCUGCCACAAUUCAUCUGCCGCAAGGACUUUGGCAAGGUGCCCAUUUACCUGAAGAAGACCAAGAAGAUGCUGACCGAGAUGAACGCCAUCUGUGACAAGGAGCGGGCACGCCUCAUGGAGCUCUGUCGCGGCGUCAAGGGACACACGCGAACCACCACCACCACCAGCCCCGGCGCUGCCCAUGCUCCGCCGGAGGUGCCUGGCAUGCGGGUAAUGGACCAAAAGGAGCGCAACGAAAUCAUUGAAGGACUGCGUCAGAGUCUCGGCGAGAAGACCAAGCAAUAUCAGUCCAUGUCGCUGCUCAUCGACAGCGUGGCCAAGGUGCAGCGCAAGGGCAAGCUGGAGACUGAAUUGCGGCAGGUGGAGCAGGACAUUCUCUUGCUCGAGACCAGUCCAAUUAUUUAUGUUUCAUUGUAUUAACUUAACCACAAACACUUUCCUCGCCGUGUGUGUGUGUGUCGGCAUUUGGCAGUGGAGCAGAACUAAAGCGGAGACAGGCUGCUGCUGCCAGCGACGGACACACACACGCACGCGCCAGACACUCGAUGGAAUUUACUUAAUAAAUUUAUUGUUUACGCA